AUGCCGGGUCUCAGUGCCUCGGAUUUACAUCCUGCCAGCCUGUGCGCUGGUGACACGAUCGAGUAUUCCUCAAGGAUCUUCGUUUCAGGCGACCCGAGAGGUCAUCACUCUUCGGUCGUCCUUUACGUCCACGACGAUAUAGGAACAGACUACCCCCAUCGACGUGGACACGCUGGAACUCACAUGAUGGUGAGGCUGACAGUUGACCAGUACAGCUACCAGCCCAAACUUUCAUGA